GAAAAUGAGAGUAAUAAAAUGUGUGAAAGGGCCCAGACAUUGAAAUCUGGUUAAAUGCAAUUUUCUCGACCUGUGCUCCUCUUUCCUCUCCACGGCCAGUCUCUCUCUAAUUCUCUCUCAGAUUAUACUAAAACGUCUCUGCUCUGCUCUGCUCUCACUAUCUCUUUCAGUCACUCACUUACUCACUCCACUGCACCUCCUCUUUCAUUUGAUUUUCGCAAUAUGUUCAUUUUUUUGUCCGGGUGAAAGAAGUUAAAUUAGGGUUUCUAUACUUUCUUGGGCUUCUUUGAGUUAUUGUCUGUGGAUUUUGGACGGGCAUGGUGGGCUCCGAGGACUCUGGUACUUCUGGGGCCGCGGUGCAGCUCUCUGGCAAUCGGAAAUUGUUCUGGCGCUCGGCCUCGUGGUCUGCAUCACGUUCCUCCCUUCACCAUCCGGAAGUGAACAGAGAAGGUGGAGACCCCAAUGGGAAUCUUGGUGAUAGCAGUGGACCAAGCCGAAUUUUCCCUGCCCCAUUAACUCCAAGGUCGCAGCAGCAUUGCAAAGCGAGGUCGUGUUUGCCUCCUUUACAACCUUUGUCCAUAGCUCGGCGAAGCUUAGAUGAAUGGCCGAAGGCGGGGUCGGAUGAUAUUGGUGAGUGGCCGCAGCCUCCUACACCAAGUGGCAGAGGAAAUUGCGAGAGGUUGAAACUUGAUUUGUCGACAAUUCAGAGAAACCCGGAUAAGAAUUGUGGGCUGGUGAAGAGGGAUAAGAUUGCUUUCUUUGACAAAGAGUGUUCAAAGGUGGCAGAACAUGUAUAUCUUGGUGGUGAUGCGGUUGCUCGAGAUAGGGAUAUACUUAAACAGAAUGGAAUUACUCAUGUGUUGAAUUGUGUAGGUUUCGUUUGCCCUGAGUACUUCAAAGAUGAUUUCGUGUACAGAACUUUGUGGUUGCAGGAUAGCCCUUCUGAGGAUAUUACCAGUAUACUUUAUGAUGUUUUUGACUACUUUGAAGAUGUUAGAGAACAAAAUGGAAGGGUUUUUGUUCAUUGUUGCCAGGGAGUAUCGCGGUCGACGUCGUUGGUGAUUGCCUAUCUUAUGUGGAGAGAAGGGCAGAGUUUUGAUGAUGCAUUUCAAUAUGUAAAGGCAGCAAGAGGUAUUGCUGACCCCAAUAUGGGUUUUGCUUGCCAGUUAUUACAAUGCCAAAAGAGGGUCCAUGCUUUCCCUCUUAGCCCAAGUUCACUGUUGAGGAUGUACAGAGUUGCUCCACACUCGCCAUAUGAUCCUUUGCAUUUGGUCCCCAAAAUGUUAAAUGAUCCUUCUACCUCAUCUCUGGAUUCUAGAGGUGCAUUUAUCAUUCAUGUACCCUCUGCCAUAUUUGUUUGGAUUGGUAAGAACUGUGAAGCAAUCAUGGAAAGAGAUGCGAGGGGAGCUGUUGUGCAAAUCGUUCGAUAUGAGAAGGUGCAUGGGCCUAUUUAUGUAAUUAAAGAAGGGGAAGAACCAACCAACUUUUGGGACUCUUUUGCAAACCUGUUACCUUUAAUGGAUAAAUCUAACAGUAAAAUUAAUCUUGGGGAAUUAAGAACUAAGCCUUAUCCAGGGGAAAGGAGAGUUGAUUCCUAUGAUUUAGAUUUUGAAAUUUUCCAGAAGGCUAUUACUGGUGGUUUCGUUCCUCCAUUUCCUUCAUCUGAGAAUGAGCAUGAAACCCAUCUUCCUGUCAGAGAAAGCAGUUGGAGUAUGCUUAGGCGUAAGUUUGCCUCUGGAAAUAUGAGAGAGUUUGUAUCAGCUCCACGGAUAUCGCUCUCUAGGGUCUAUUCCGACUCGUUGAUGAUGGUGCAUUUUUCUGCAAAACCUCCAUCGCCUUCAGCAAUUUCUUUGUCUUCGUCGUCUUCUUCGCCUAUCCAUCUUUCGCCAGACUCCCUUUCUUCUGAUUCAAGUUCAAGUACCAAGUAUUUUUCAGAAUCCUCUUUAGAUUCUCCUUCUGCUUCUUCACCUACAGUUCAAGUUUCUUCAACUCUAUCUAGUUUUUCUAACAUGCAUCUUAUCUCAUCCAAUAGUUCCUUAGAAUCGAUGCCCAAUGGUCCAGAAACUCGUGAUGCAGUCCCUUUGGAAUCAAGUUCUCGGUCAUUCUCAUUCCCAUCCAAAAAGUUCUCACCUUCUCUUGCAGAACGCCGAGGUAGUGCAAAAUCUCUGACAUUGCCUACAAUGCCUUGUAAAAUCAGAGCAACAAAUAGUGCCUCAAGGUUUCUUGCCACUCAAGAAGAUGGUAAGAGGAAAAACAAGAUUUCUUUCUCUCUUGAUGCAUCAUUUAAUAUGAAAAAGGGCUCAGAGCCUAUGGAUAAUGUUGAAGAUGAACAAACAAGUUCCACUCAGAAUUUCAAGAAUAUCGAAAAUGGAAUGGAUGUACGUGUAGGUUGCAUGGCCACGAGCCAGGUCGAAACUGAAGUUGCUGGACAAUCAGCUGGUUCAUGGAAAAGCUAUCCAAAACAUUUUGAAGGCGGCAUGGUAUCCACUGUGUCAAAUGGGAAGCAAGAUGGUGAGUUUGUCCAACCAAUGGUAUACUGUUGGCCGGAGUUAGCAAAGAUUGCAGCUUUUGACACAAGUUACCUUCAUUCUAAAGCUGCCGUAGUGAUUUUCUCUCCAAGUAGGUAUUUAGGCAAGAAGGAUGACAUGAUGCUGUAUAUUUGGGUAGGAAAUUCUUUUGACCAUGAUUUAUCUCCGAUUCAAGUAAAGAGGGACAAAGACUUGGUUGAUGUAGAAAAGAUAGACUGGGUUAAAGUUGGCCAAUAUGUGCUUACUGAAAUAGGUCUGCCAGAAAACACAGAAAUUAAGAUCGUUAAAGAAGGUGAAGAAACAGAGGAAUUUCUUGCACGAUUGAGUCUUUUGUAGCCCCGCUGCUAAGAUACAUUCCCUUGAUUUGGUAACGAAGAUUAUUCGAUUGUCGAGCUGGCUUAGCAAGCCAUGCUACUUAGUCAUUUAACGAAAAUGAGUGAGAAGACGCUUGAAAAUCCAAGUCGUUUAUAGCAAAAGCCUUAACAAGUUGUACAGAGCUGUAACACCCCACCCCUCCCCGUAAUUCAUAUUUGAUCUUGUAAACAGUUUGCUGAAAGGCCCUUGCCCUGCAUAUGUUAUAGACUUUUGGCUUCUUAAUAGGAUCAAUCAAAUCUUUCUUUAACUCC